AUGACAAGCUCAACAGAAGAUAUUAAAACAGUACCUCCAUCGCCACCAACAACACAAUUUAGGUUCAAAGUAAACAAAACUUAUCACAACAGAAUGCAUAUUCCUCGAAGAAAGGCAAUUAACAGCUUUUUUGAGUUUCAAAAAAAAUGCCUCGAAUUACAUGCAGAAUAUUAUCAAGGCAUCUCGAAUCUUCUAAGAGAGACAGAUGUUUCGUCAUUUUUAGUGUCUCCUUCUCCAGGAGUCGAUCCUCUUCAUAUUAUCAAUGAGACUGGAAUGGUAAUCAGUGGUAUGCUAGCUCCAGGAAUGAGUGGAUAUUAUAGUAAUAAAAAAUUAAAAAGGCAUGCGGGUGAUGAUAUUGAAGCAAGUGGAGAAGAGGCUUAUAGUUCGGAAAAUCAAAAAGCGCAAAAAAAUAGACGAGCGCCAAGACAACUUUGGAAAGAUGAAGAAGUUGAAAGGUUGAAAGCUGCUCAUGACAAAUAUAAUGGUGAUUGGGAGUUAAUUAUUAAGGAGUUCGAACCUGAAAGAACCAGAAUUCAAAUCUUUCAAAAGGCUCGCCAAAUGGGACUUCGGGCGGUUGAAUCUGGGAAAAUAAUUGAUUUAUCGAAGCCAAAUUCUAUAAUUGAAUAUAACAAUACGCAGUUAAUUGGAAGCGAAGGAAUUGAUGAAGAAGGAGUUGAAUAUGAACAAGAAAAUGCCGAAGCCGAUCCUUGGCAAGAUGAAGAAGACGUCAAUGAUGUUUGA